AUGCUUCCUCGUACAUCAAUACUUCUACUUUCGGUGGUGUAUCUCUGUGUUUUUGGUCAUGAACAGCAACAGAGUGGCAAUCAUGCAUCACAAGGCAACACGCAACACGUUGAGCAUGGUGGAGGAAAACAAAUGCAAAAUCAGGCGCAUGAUAUGGAACACAUUCGACAUGAUCUCGAAGGACAAGUGAAUAAACCAAAAGAAGAAAUGACUCCUGAACAACAAAACUUUUAUUAUUUUAAAUUACAUGAUACUAACAAUGAUAAUCAGUUAGAUGGCUUGGAAGUUGUAUCUGCUUUCAAUCAUGUCCAUGACGAUGGUGUACCUACAAAUGAUAGUACAGAUCCAAACCAAACACCACCCACACCUCCUCCUCGAUUAGCUGAUGAAGAAUUGAUGCGUUUAGUUGAUGAUAUUUUAAAAGAAGAAGAUCUUGAUCAAAAUGGCUUCAUAUCAUAUCAAGAGUUUAAACGAGCAAUCGAAGGUCAAGGAUCACAAAAAUAA